AUGAUAUUAGGACUACUAUUGCAAAUAAUUUAAAUAAAUGGAUUUUCUGUUACAAAAAUAUAUAGAACCCAAGGUCUUUAAUAUAUUGAUUUGGAUAUGGAUUAAUUUAGUCAAGCAGUGUCAGGAUAAACAACUUUAAACAUAAUAUUAGAAAACACUAUGAAAGUCUCAUAUCCCUUUUUGGCUUAUUGCUUUAAUAAUGACGAAUAGGUUGUAAAAUCCAUUCUAUCAUCCUUAAAUUCAAUUUAAUAUCAUAUAGAAUCAAACAAGUAAAGAUUAAUAUUUAAUUAGAAAAUAAUGUGUGUUUGAUAAUAAUGCUUUAUUGUAUUAUUAAAAGAUUUAACAACUGGUCUUUACAAAUAAUAUUGAUGAUAAAAAUGAAUGGGCUUAUAAUUAAUACAGUAUAUAUUAAUUGAACCAACGUAAAAUGAGAUUAUAUGUAUAUUCAACAUAUGAAACAACAUACAGAUUAACAAUCAUUUAAUCAGAAAAAGGAGAAUGUUAUAAGUUUAAUUAUAUAAUAAAAUAGUUCAUGUAAUAACCAAGGAUAUUGCAAUGAGAAUACAGUAAAGUUAUGCCAAUGCUAAUCAGGAUUAUUAGAUAGUACAUGUUAGAUAACAAGUAGUGUAAUCAAUUUUAAGAGUAAAUCUUAAGUAAGUAUAAAUUUAUUAUUUAGUUUGAAAUGGAAAAGCAAACAUAAAACCUUGUUAUAAUUCCUAUUAUUGAUUUCUCUGCAAAUCUUUUAAUUACUAUUGAUUCAUAAUUAGAGAUCAAACUUUAUUUUGGUUGUUCAUACUAAAAAUAAUAUAUUCCAUUUUAUUAGAGCAACUAAUAUAAUCAAAAGAAUAUACUAAAUGGAAGUUUAAUAUUUAGUGUAUAAGAAUUAUAGGAUUGUUUUGAAAAUGUUAAUAAAAUGGAGGAAUCUCUAUAAACAUAAUUAUCAAAACAUUUAGUAAUUUUAUUUGUUAAUGAAAAUAUUAUGAAUACAUAAAUAACAUUAAGAUUGACUUCAGUGGAUUCAGAAGAAAGUCAAAGCAAUUUAGAGAUGAUUUAUAUUAUUUCUUGUGUCUUGGGAUGCUUAAUGAUAUUAAUUCUAUUGAUUGUCUUUAUUAUUUAUCAAUAAAGAAAAGUGAAAAAGAUAUUUAUUUUAUAACCUAAUAGUGAGAGAGUAAAUAAACUAAAAGUGAAAAAAUUUAGACAUUCCCUAAAAGAAGAUUAUAUUGCAACUGAAAUUUAUGAUUAAAUAAUCUAAGAAUUUCCAGGACUUUUGGAGUCUUCAGAAUGUUAAAUAUGUUUAUUGUAAUUCAAAAAACAAGAUUUAGUUAAAUUGACAUAUUGUUUACAUUUAUUUCAUUAAUAUUGUCUAGAUGAAUGGAGAAAAAGAACUUAAGUACUUAAUAUUAAUAAAAAUAAUAGACUUGUCCAUUUUGUAGAAGUAAUUUAACAUAAGAAAAAUAUAUAUAAAAGAUAUAAGAAGAAUAGAUUAUAAGAUUAGGUGUAAUUGUAGAUGAUGCAAUAUAAAUUGAUCCUUAAAAAUUAUAAGAGUUUUAACUAAGAGAAUAAAGAAUGCGAUAAUUACAAUGUAAAGAUAAUAAAAUUAUAUUAGAAACUUAAUCUCCUGGGUCUGCUAAUAUUAUAUAAAUUAACACUCCAGGUCUUUGUUAGUUUAGCGAAAGCUGA